AUGGCUGAACAAAAGAGAACUUACGUCAAUGCUUACUACAGGCUCAAUAGUGGGGAAGAAAGAAAACUUCCUUUGACUUCUUCAAGCGGUGACCUCAGUAGCAUGGGGAUGAUGCAUCCUACCAACUCGACAAACUCAUCUAGAGAUGACUCUUUAGCAUCUGACUCCUCAAAGACAGAGUUAUCCGAUGAUUUAAGAAACUCCAUUGUACACAGAUGGACGCAUAACCAGUCAAUUGUCUGUCUGGUCUGUUCUCCAAAGAACGGCCUCCUCUUUUGUGGUACUCAGGACUCUUACAUAUUGAUAUUUGAUUUAAUAACUUUUCAGAAGCUUUCGAAAAUCAAGGCUCACUCUGGCUCUGUGUUAUGCCUGCAUUUGGCUGACUGUGAAACCAUUCUCUUUAGUGGUGGUUCGGAUUCCUUGGUCAAGAUAUGGAAUAUCUCCCUCUCUAAUAAAGGACAUUCUCAGAGGGAGGUCAAUUUAUUGCCAACACAUACCAUUUACUCACUUUUAGACAUAGGCGAUAUAUUUUCCGUAACCUGGAUAGAAUCUACAAAAACGGUGCUGUUUGGUGCUCAGAAUGCCUCCAUUUCUUAUGUACAUCUGGGAAAGAUUACCAAGGGAAACGCAGAUCCUGCUUCCAUGCCUUCCAACAGAUACGACCGAUUUUUCGAUUCCAUUGGUCGUGGAGGAAGUGACUGUUCUAGGCAGUCUACUCCUCCUUCCGGAGACUUUGGGGAAGAAAUUGAUUACCAAUCAUUGCCAGUUUCGCGGUUGAUUGAAGUUCCGUCUUGUAACAUCAUUUCUUAUGCUCAUAAUGGAUAUGUCUACGCUAUGAAUGUUAUUUCCAAUAUAGAUGCCCACAAAAGCUUGCUAGGUGGCACAAUUCCGGAAGAAUUCAAUGACAUCAUCUUGAGUGGCGGUGGAGAUGGAGUUGUUAAACUAUGGGGGUUUAAGGACAACAAAAUGACACUAUUGAGGUCCUUGGAUAAUUCCGAACCUGUGCUUUGUUUGGAAAUGCAAGAAGGUGACAACUAUUGUACCUUGUACUGUGGCCUGGCCAAUGGUAGUGUAAAUGUAUGGGAUUUGUCUACCUACCAACUAGUGAGAUCAUUUGAAGUUGAUAAAGGAGAUAUUGGCUGUCUUUCUUUGUCUCAGAAUUUGUUAUUUAUUGGUACUCAGGGUGGAAUAUGCAAGAAGACGGCUAUAACGGAGAGUCCAGUCACGUGGCUUCCCUCCCACAAUUCCUGCCUGGCGAUGUACAACUUCAAGAUGAACGGUGUAUACUACCUAGUGAGUGCAUCUAUUGACAAUUCUGUUACUCUGUGGAACGUAAGUAUGAUUGAUCGAUCAUGUAACAAAACUCAAAACAACAAUGAGAGUUCUGUUUCUAUCAACAUGAUGAUUGAAGUAUUGAAGAAGAUGAUCUCAUUUAAGACCGUUUCCAAACAGCCUGCAAGAUAUAUCGAUCAAUCAAGGAAAUGUGCCAGUUUCCUACGCCUAUUAUUUAAGAAUUUAGGUGCAGUAAAAUCCGUUCUACUCCCUGUUGCGGAUGCCAAUCCGGUGGUCUUAGCUACCUUCCAGGCAAAUAAGCAUUCCAAUCACGACAAGCCUUCGAGAAUAUUAUGGUAUGGCCAUUACGAUGUUAUAGAGGCCGACCAUACGGAUGCUUGGAGCACAGAUCCGUUUGAAUUGACGCCGAUUAACGGGUACAUGUAUGGUAGAGGUGUGAGUGAUAAUAAAGGUCCUUUGUUGGCUGCAUUGUAUGCCGUUGCUGACUUAUUCAAAUCGAACUCCCUUGAAUGCGAUGCCGUCUUUCUUAUCGAAGGUGAGGAGGAGUCUGGAUCAUACGGAUUCCAAGAUGUGGUGAAAAAUAAUAAAGAUCUCAUAGGAGACAUAGACUGGGUUUUACUAAGUAAUUCAUACUGGUUGGAUGAUAAUAUUCCAUGCUUGAACUAUGGCUUGAGAGGAGUGGUUGCCGCUAGCGUUGAAGUUUGGUCUGAUAAACCAGAUAGACAUUCUGGUGUUGAUGGUGGUGUCUCCAGAGAGCCUACUAUUGACUUGAUCAACCUUCUUUCAAAGUUAAACGACGAUUCUGGAAAGGUCUGCUUGCCCAAUUUCCACAGCACUAUUAGAGAGCUUGGUGACGAUGAAUUACAUCUUUAUGAACAAAUUACCAAGAAAGUGAAGGGAGUUGAAAUUGAUGAACUUAUGACCAAAUGGAGAUUGCCGUCGCUGACCAUUCAUAGAGUUUACGUCUCCGGCCCGGGAAAUUCUACGGUGAUUCCUCAUGCUGCCACUGCAACGAUUUCCAUUCGUCUAGUUCCAAAUCAGGAUAUUGACGAAGUAAAGAGGAUACUUGUUGACUACCUUUCAAAAUGCUUUGAGGACCUGCAUACAGAGAACCAUUUGAAAGUGGUCAUUACUCACGAAGCCGAACCUUGGCUUGCAGAUACUAAGAACGUGGCUUAUAAGGUCCUAUACAAAAACCUGCAAGAUGCAUGGGGUAUGGAUCCUAUAUUUAUUAGGGAGGGUGGUUCUAUUCCUUCUAUUAGGUUUCUAGAGAAGACGUUUAAUUGUGAGGCAGUCCACUUACCAACUGGACAGGCUUCUGAUAACGCUCAUUUGAGCAACGAGAGAUUGAGAAUAACCAACUUGUACAAGGUCAAAGAAAUUCUAAAAAGUACGUUCAACAAGCUUCCGUGUAAGAUGAUCUGA